AUGUGGCAGAAAGAAGAUCCAUUUACGACUCCUGUAACUUCACCGAAUCUUCCUUAUAGGUGGGCUAGAGCAAACCGUCAUUCGCGCUUCUCAGGCUUUCGUAUAACCCCAACAAGAAUUGGGAUUGCCAUGAUUUUCUGUGCUGGUCUAUUCUGGUUCCAUGGAACCUUACGUAAAGUUGAUGCUGUAGAGCCUCCUUCAAAGUCUAUUGUCGAUUUGAAAAAUAGCACUGUUCCCAGUGUCCCGUUUCAACCUCUAGAAUCAACAGCUUAUAGAACUCCAGACUCUGUUGACGCAUUCGCAACCUAUAAAUUCCGAAACACUUGCACAAUUUCUUCGUUGGAUCUUCAUGCUCCUUUUGGUCCAUUGUGUAGAGAUCGACAGUCUAUGCUUACAGCUAUGGCAUCUGGUGGUCGAAUUGGAUUUGAUGCUCCAUAUAUGCCUAGGGCUUGUGAUUUCCGCUGGUUCACAUCAGAGGAAAUAUGUGAGAUAUUCGGAAGGUUUGAGAAGGUUAUGGUUAUUGGAGAUAGUAUGUUAAGACAUGUUACGGGAUGCUUCAAUAUCUUUUUGAGAAAGGAUAUUGGCUAUGGGGCAGUAACGGAUUGGAAUUUUAGUGUACAAGAGAGGAAGGAAUGUUUUUGCAAUGAACAGUUUGAUGUUAAAGCUUGUUCAGUACAGGGUAUAUAUAAGACCUCAGAUGUAGAGGCUCAUGAUCCAGGAAGCAUAUCUUGUUCAAACUCAGUCAACGUUAUAAUGGAAGAGAUUGUCUACUUCAACGUACCGGAAGAUGAAAUUUCCCGCCUUCGCGAUGAUCUUCUCGUUCGUCCUACUUCUAAACCUAUAGCCAUAAUCUUCGGUCAUGGUCUUUGGUCUGAUCUCGACCUUCCGAAGACAAUCCAAUGGCUUGACACUUUAAUAUCACUCAUAGACUCUACAAUUGGUCGGGAGAAAUGGAAAGGUCUUUUUGUCACUCCAAACGCAGCAGGUAAAGAAAAGACGGAUGAGUGGAUUGUAAGUCAGGGAAAUAAAGCAUUGAUGUUAUACGAAGAGGCGGUGGGAAUUGAAGCGGGAAAGAGAGGGCUAGAGCAUCUAGGUACUUGGAAUAUGAGUAUCCAAGCGAGGAAAUACGAUGGAGUUCAUCUAGAUCUGAGAGGUAAUUUGGUAAAGAGCAUGAUGAUUAUCAAUUGGUUGGCGAUGUUGUGA